AACUUUAGUUCUUUGCGAGUAGCCAACGCGUUCGGUCGUCGUGCGUGGUCGUCUGAAUACCAUUGAAAACCACUGGAAGCCCCUAAAAACCGGAGUUAAUGCGAAGUUAUAGCAACAGCUGAAAGUCUCGAGAACAACUGCAGCUGUAUACUUUAUCUACUUCUGAGUAUCUGUGCGCAUCCCGUGUUUCAUAGUGUUAGUGUCUGUGCGUGUUGGCCAGUUGAUUUCGGUCGGGCCCGUCAAACAGGGAGCGACAACCUAAUCAAUCAGUCACUCAAUAUGGCCAGUAUUUCUAAGAGUCGCGGCAGCUGCUCCUCCAGAAACACGCUGCAUCUUCAACUGGGAUCUCUGCUUUUCGUGAUCGCCUGCCUGGUGAACGCUUCGUGCUCGGCUCAGCCAAGUGAGUACCAUGAAUAUAUCGAGACAACCCCGUCGCCAGUAGAAGUGGACGAAGUGGAAACCACGACGGUACUCCCUCUAGAGUUGGAUGAGAGUUCACCUGCGCAAGAGCCACCGUUUCAGAAUGCAACAGUUGGUGCUGCUACUUCAGAAGAACCCAAGAUAAAUGAAGCGAACUCUUCAGAUCAACUGGAGUUAACCGACGGAUUUGUGUCUGUUUACGGCGGAACCCUGGAACAGGAUAUCAAGAAUGAUGUGAACAGUGAGGUGGAAGAAGCGCCUUCUCCUGUGGAACCUAUUAUCGAAGAUGCUCUUGCUGAAGCUGCUCUUGAAAAACACGAGAUUGCAAUCAAAACUGUUCGCGAACCCAAAAAUCUUAAUGCUGAGGAGGGGCUUAAGCCAAUUGAAGACGAGGAGUUAGAGGACCAAGCGGAAUCCGAGGCAGUAACAGACAAUAUUGCCGAGUCCAGUGAAAAUGUCGAAAGUCACAUUGAACCAUUACCAGAAGUGACCAGUGACGUGGUUUCUGUGAUCUUAAACGAAAAUGGAGCCAUCACAGCGGAACCCAUCACCGAAAACAAUCUUUUGGCCUUAGAACGGGAAGAUGGGCGUUUCGAAAUUGAAGACACCACUCCGGUGCCAAUCUCUGUGGAGUCCAAGCACCAAGUGACCAAGAAACAAGGCGUAGAGGAACUGUUUUCAAUUGGAAUUGCACCUGACGUGGUCGAGGAAUCAACGUCUAAGCCUGACGGAGAAAUUUCGACUGCUCGCGAGGAACGCAAAUUUGUAGAGCCCAAUGACAACCUAAUCGAGGUCAAUGAAAACACCAUUGCUGAUGGAGAGUUGCAAACCAAACCAUCAAUUACGGAACACCAUUUUGGCAUCGUGGAUCCCACAAAAUCUGGAGUUCAGGUAAAUGAGGAGAUCGAGAAAAACGCGGAGGCUGAAGCUAAGGCAGAAAUUGAGGUGCAAGUGGUGGGCAUCACUCCUUCGGAUGAAACUGUUGUUGAGGCCGCAGAUUCAGAUGAUAUACAACCUCAAAUUAACAUUGCUGAGACAACAGAACAAGCUGUCACAGAAGCUAACAAAAUAAGCGACGAGGAACCAAAAGAUAAAGUUUCAGUUCAUCAAAAUGAUCCAAAAGACCAGAUUUACCAGGCAUCUCUAGAGGAUAACCAUAAGCCAAACGACACUGAAGAGUCGGUGAAAGAAGAGAGCUCCCCAAAGGAUGAUGAUGUAUCUUUAGAGGUGAAAGAUAGUGAAGAAUCGAAUGAGAAACAAACUGAAGAUGAAAAGGCAGUAGUUGAAGUCGACUCCUCUGAGGAUAACAACGAGCCUGCUGCGGAUGAAGAAAAGCCCUUUUCAGACGAUAGUACUGCGACUCCACUUGUCUCUUAUCCACCACACGACGCUGGUCAGACAUUCGUUAGCAACUCGGCUGAUGAACAUUCAGCCCAGCUUUCUGGAAAUUCUAAUUAUCGUUCCACCAUGAUCAUAUCCCUGUGUUCCGGAACCGCUGUGAUUUUUAUUGUCGCCUCUCUGGUGAUUUUCGUGGUUUCGUUCCAACGCCAAACUGGUACUUUGGACAUAGAGAUGCAGGAACAGCGCCUAGGCAAAGAUGUUCAAGACGAGGAUAAUGCACAGAUGAAGCUGCUCGAUGUAGAUCUUUCGUCUCCCGUUAUUCUUCCGAUGGGCAACGAGGAGACAGACGAAUGCCUGUAGACUUCCUCAGCACCAUGAUCCCUUAAAAUGGUGCUUUGUAAAUAUUCAUUACCUUUGAGAUUGCGACGAAGACUUCAGCCUGCUCACCCGGCUGGCUGAUAAUUUUGAUUUCUAAAUUGUUGACUGAGAGCAGCUGCAAGCAAAGCAAACGAAAAAUCGAAUCGAAACGAAAACAUUUGCCAUACUGUUUAAAUUUUAAUGCACUGUAGGACCUAAGACUUUCUAAGCAUUUGACAAAAAUAUUUAUAUUUAGACACAUAGAAUUAAGCGGAUUUUUAUAGCGUCUGGUAAAUCAGAAUAAAUUUAAAAAUUUCUUUAAAUCAAA